AUCUCCUCUUCUGUUGGCUGCUGAAGGGGGAGAUUGGCAAUGGGCAGAGGAGGCGUCAUGCAGGAUGGGAUGGGAGGGACGACUCCUGCAACCAUGCCCGGUCAUCACGAUAAGGGUGGCGACAUGGCGAUGCACAUGACCCUCUUCUGGGGGGAGCGCGUCGAGGUCCUCUUCUCUGGCUGGCCCGGCGACCAAGGCCUCGGCAUGUACCUCCUCGCCCUCCUCUGCGUCGUCGCUACCGCCUUCCUCGCCGAAUACCUCUCCGACCAUCUCUCCCAGGCUGCUCCCACCACCGCCACCGGCAGCAGCCGCCGAAUAUCCACCGCCUUGCUGCCGACUUUCCUCCAUGCCGUCCGGAUGGGGCUGCUUUACCUCGUCAUGCUCGCCGUCAUGUCCUUCAACCUGGGUGUCCUCAUCGCCGCCAUCGCCGGCCAUGCCCUCGGCUUCCUCCUUUCAGCAAGUGGCCUGAUCUACAAGCGGGCUCGGCCCGGUAAUGGGGAGGCCCCUGGCAACGAUGCCACCAAGCGUUAAAUUUUAGCUUUCCUUUUUCUUUUUUUCUUUUUCUUUUCCUUUAUUAUAAAUAUUCGUUUUUUUUAUAUCUUCCUCGCAACACAUGCUUGCUUGUGAAUAGUGGGUGGAGGCUUGAGGGGAGGGCUCUGGUUGUAGCGAACUUUGUUGGAAACUUGAGAGGAGGGCUCUGGUUGCAGCGAACUUUGUUAUCUGGCAGAAGCCAUCGCACUUCCAGUGCUGAAAUCGAGGAAUAUUCCUGUUUUUGCAGCGUUU